GCGGGAGCCUCACUCCCCCAACUUCUCCCUCCGCGCCCCCGGACCUGCCUUUCAAUGGGAAGUUCGCAUUUGCUCAACAAGGGCUUGCCUCUCGUAAAAAUUUGAACACGAUCCAGGCUUCAGUGGUUGCAGUGGAUAAGAAGUUUAAAAGCUUUGGUUCAAGAAAAUUUAAAGACAUGGAAGUAAGGAUCCAGUGACAGGACGCUAUUCUCCCUGGGAAUUCUGAAGACUAUAAAGCGUUGAAAAAUCGAAUUCAUGAUCCUGGAACUCGAGCUCAUAUUAAGAAAUGUCAGGCAUUCGACCUCCAAUCAUGAAUGGGCCCAUGCACCCACGUCCAUUGGUAGCAUUACUGGAUGGCCGAGAUUGUACAGUAGAAAUGCCCAUUCUGAAAGAUGUAGCUACAGUGGCAUUUUGUGAUGCACAGUCCACACAAGAAAUUCAUGAAAAGGUACUAAAUGAAGCAGUGGGUGCCUUGAUGUAUCACACUAUCACUUUAACACGAGAAGAUCUGGAGAAAUUCAAAGCUCUUCGAAUAAUUGUCCGAAUUGGCCGUGGUUUUGAUAACAUCGACAUCAAGUCUGCUGGGGAUUUAGGAAUUGCGGUAUGCAAUGUGCCAGCUGCAUCAGUAGAAGAGACUGCGGAUUCUACUAUGUGCCACAUCCUGAACCUAUAUAGACGAACUACCUGGCUCCAUCAGGCGUUGGGAGAAGGCACAAGAGUCCAAAGUGUGGAACAGAUCCGGGAAGUUGCUUCUGGAGCUGCCAGGAUUCGAGGGGAGACCUUGGGCAUUAUUGGAUUAGGUCGUGUUGGACAGGCGGUUGCACUGCGUGCCAAAGCCUUUGGCUUCAAUGUCAUUUUCUAUGACCCAUACCUGUCUGAUGGCAUUGAACGUGCUCUGGGGCUCCAGAGGGUGAGCGCUUUACAGGACCUCCUCUUUCACAGUGACUGUGUGACCCUCCACUGCAGCUUGAAUGAACACAAUCAUCAUCUGAUUAAUGACUUCACCAUUAAGCAGAUGAGACAAGGGGCUUUCCUGGUGAACACAGCACGAGGUGGGUUGGUAGACGAAAAAGCACUGGCACAGGCCCUGAAGGAAGGAAGGAUACGAGGGGCAGCCUUAGAUGUACAUGAGUCAGAACCAUUCAGCUUUAGCCAGGGUCCCCUAAAGGACGCACCAAAUCUGAUCUGCACUCCCCAUGCAGCAUGGUACAGUGAGCAGGCGUCCAUUGAGGUGCGAGAAGAGGCAGCACGGGAGAUCCGGAGAGCCAUCACAGGUCGUGUUCCAGACAGCCUGAAAAAUUGUGUUAAUAAAGAUCAUUUGACUGCAGCUACACAUUGGGCAAGUAUGGACCCAGCAGUAGUUCAUCCAGAGCUUAAUGGUGCUGCAUAUAGCAGGUACCCUCCAGGCGUGGUGAGCGUGGCUCCAGCUGGCAUCCCUGCAGCAGUAGAAGGAAUAGUCCCCAGCGCCAUGUCCUUAUCCCAUGGGCUCCCCACUGUGGCCCAUCCUCCCCAUGCUCCUUCCCCUGGCCAAACCGUCAAACCCAAGUGA